GAGGAGGAGGAAGGAGAAAAGCUCCGCUCUCGUCUUGUUUCAAAGCUCCUGGAAGGAGAACCGGCUGGAUGUGAGCUCCCCUCCUUCUGGACUCUGUCGGACUCGGACGCGUUGAUUUAACCGAGUUUAACCGAGGCGGACAAGGAGAGAGAAAGACAUAAAAAUCAGCGUUUUUGUGGCGGGAAUGUCGUCCAGCUGAAACUUCAGGAGAUUCUUCCCAGGAUUCGUUUCGCUUUCCUCCCAGCAGGAUGUGAAUCUGGGAAGUUUUCCGGACCACCGGGACUUUAUUUUCUGGAAUAUCGAGAGGAAAAGGAUCCAGAGAAAUCUGCUUCAUGUCAUGAGAGGCUGAAAACUCAACAGGAGAUCGAGGUCAUCAGAGGUCGCUCACUUUGAUCAGGCUCGACUCGUGGACUAAUCUGCCCUUCAGACUGAAGCUGUGAUUAGCCUGAAUUACGAGACCGAUGGAGCGGUGGUGGGCGUGGCGGCUCACCGUGGUUGCGAUGGUGACGGCUCACCUCGGCCCGUGCCGCGGCAGGGACCCGGAGUUUUCGUCCGCCAUGCGGAUCAACAACGUGGUGGCGGACCCCGCCACGGGCCGGCUGUACGUGGGCGCCGUCAACCACCUGUACCAGCUGGACGCCGACCUGGCGCUGGAGUCCAGCUACAUAACUGGGCCCAAACUCGACAACCGGCAAUGCACGCCGCCGAUCAUCGAUACGUCCUGCGCGGACGCCCAGAACACGCCCAACCACAACAAGCUGCUGCUGCUCCACCCGGCCAGGAACCAGCUGGUGGUGUGCGGCAGCCUGUUCAGGGGCCUCUGCUCGCUCAGGAGCCUGGACAACGUGAAGACCGAAGUCUACUUCAACGACAACAAGGGCGAGAAGUCGUACGUGGCCAGCCCCGAUGAGAACGUCUCCGUCGUGGGAGUGAUGUCAUACUACAAGAAAGACAAAGAAAACAUCACCGUUUUCCUGGUUGCUAAAGGCCACAGCGCCUAUGACAGCAUGAAGCUCAUCUCUACCCGCCUCCUGGAGGAAGUGGACGAAUUGGACAUGUUCGAGAACAUCAUCGAGACCGCGGCGGUCCAGUCCAAUCCCUUCAGCCCGAAAUACGCGCACGACUUCCGCUUCAGCUUCAAAAGCGACGGCUACGUCUACUUCCUGUUUUCAAGGAAGCUCGACUCGCAUAACCACAAGAACUUUACGUUCAUCUCCCGGAUGUGUGAGGAGGAUUACCACUACUACUCGUACACGGAGCUGCAGCUCAACUGCAGCGCCAACAAUGAAUUCAGCAAAGUUCUGGCAGCUUUUGUUGGACCAGCAGGCGAAGCUUUGGCUCAGAGUCUGAGCCAGUCCAGUCAGUUCGGACCCAUCUCAGCUCAUGACGAAGUUCUGUUCGCCACCUUCAGCGACGAGGGCGACAACUCAGCCAUGUGUAUGUACCCUUUAAAGUUCAUCAACAAUCAAAUUUAUAAAGUCAUAGAAGCCUGUUACAACCAGGAGGGCCUCAUCAACAACCAGCUUGCAGUUUAUUCGCCUUAUUCUAAUUCCAAUUCCAAGCCUGAGGAGCUGUGCAGCGGAAAGAAAGGCAUGGAGAAAUGUGGAGCCGAGCAUCUGCCCUCGCCGCUGGCCAGUACGGCCGAAUUCGCCUUGAUGGCCGAGCCGUCAUGGAAACAUGUGGGUCAGCUGACUGCUGUGGCGGUUGGCGUGGAGAUGGGCCAUGCUGUGGCGUUCCUGGGAACCCUUGAUGGAGAGGUGCUGAAGCUGCAUCUGUCGGCUCGACCCGAGGUUUACGGCCAGCCGCUGAGCGGCGCCUCAAGGCACAAGGUCAACAAGAACCUGCUGUUCGACUCCAGCCUGCAGCACCUGUACAUCACCACGGAGACGAAGAUCACCAAGGUUCCGGUCCAGACCUGCCAUCUGAUGGCCGACUGCCACUUCUGCGUUCAGAUGAAGGAUCCGUACUGCGGCUGGUGUGUCCUGGAGGGACGGUGCAGCAGGAAGCAGGACUGCAGCAGGUCGGCAGAGACGAACGCCUGGCUCUGGUCUCCCGACGGGAAGUGCGUUGAGAUCGCAGCCUUUGAGCCGCCGAACAUCAGCUGCAAGAAGACGAAGCAGGUGCACAUCAAGGUCCCGUCUCUGCCCCGGCUGAGGGAUGGCGACCAGCUGCACUGCGUCUUCAAUUCGUUAAGAUCCGACGCCGUGGUGCUUAAAGACGAUCCGAGUGUGGUCUGCUCGCUUCCCGACCCUGGAAAAGUCCCGCCCACUCCGGAGCAGCAGGACUUCGUGUCGGUCCCAGUGAAGGUUCUGCUGAACCAAACGAUUGAAGUAACAUCUGGAGAAUAUCAUUUCUACAACUGUGCAGCUACUGUUUGGAAGAACCCCAACACACCGUGCAUUUCCUGUGUGACCAGUCAGUGGGGCUGCCAGUGGAACACCAGGGAUCACACCUGCAGUGAUAAAGACGAAUCUCUGGAAGGUCACAUUGUCAAACCUUCAGAGCUGGGAAAUUGUCCUCAGUUUGAGUCUCCGGAUCCGUUGCUCAUCCCUGUGGGCUAUAAGAUGCCCAUCGUCUUCCAGGGAAGGAACCUGGAGAACUACGAGGGGAAGAGCUUCACCAUCGGCACGGAGCUGAUGGACCAUGAAGAAAACGUGGUGAAGAUCGAAAACUCAAAGUUCAGAUUCGACGGUUACCAGUUUGCUUAUGACGAGCAGCAGGAGGUGAACAUAUCUUUCCAUAUCAAAGUCCAAGACAGGAACACAAAGAUCGACAGCACGCUGACAGUCACGCUGUACAGCUGCUCAGUGGGAAGAGAGGACUGCAGUCUGUGUAAACACGCCGACGACAAGUACAACUGCGAGUGGUGCAAAGAAACCCCGAGCAAAAACAGUAACGAGGAAAUGAAGUGUGUAUUCAAGGAGAUCUGCAAGUCACCCAAACUGGCUCAGUGUCCAGAACCGAAGAUUACUGACAUCAUCCCUCGCUUUGGGCCGCUCAACGGCUCCAUCGCGGUGACCAUCAAAGGCUCCAACAUGGGAAUAAAGAAGGAAGACGUGAAAAAGAUCACGGUGGCCGGAGUGAACUGUAAACACCUGGAGGACAGAUACUCCGUCUCCACCAGUGUGGUGUGUGAGAUCGGACCCAAGCGAACGCCGCCGUCCGACCUCCCGCCUGAGCUGACCGAAAGCGGGCCGGUGACCAUAGAGGUGGAGGGGAACAGAAGCGCAACCUCUAUAAUGAACUUCACCUAUCGGGAUCCUGAUCCGACUUUCAUUGACCCGAUGGCGGGUCCUGCAGCCGGAGGAACGAUUAUCACCAUCACCGGAAAAGAUCUGGACACGGCAACCAAAGGCGACGUCAGCGUCUCCAUCGGCGGCAUCGCCUGUGACGUCUUAUCGUUUGGGACGAACAUCACCUGCAAGACCGGCAGUUACAGCGCCGCAGCGGCUUUCCCGGUUUCCAUGACGGUGUCGGUGAAGUACGGAGGAAACACCAUCAAAAACCUGCCCAAGCCCUUCAUUUACACCGACAACCCAAAGAUCACCAGCUACACUCCCAACACCAGCUUCGUUUGUGGCGGUCGAAAGAUCGUCGUGACGGGAACCGGCUUCAACCUGACCCAGUCGGCCUCCAUGAAGGUUCUGCUCAACACCAACGACGACUCCACCGAGGAGUUCAAGUCAGACUGUAAACGUAUCAACAACUCCGUCCUGGAGUGCCACUCACCAAGCGUCAGCAGCCAUCUUGUCAAGACUCAGCUGCACCUGGACAACGUGAAGGAAGACCUGCUCUUCAAGUACUACCCUGACCCGACCUUCGAGUUCCAGACCUUUAAAGACCUCACAGCGACCAGCCUCAUCAUCGUCACGGGCCAAGGUUUCUCCAAGGCCAUCUCCGUCAGCGAAGCCAAGGCCUCCAUCCAGGACGUACCCUGCAACAUCAAACUCCUGCAGGACGAUAAGUUGAUCCUGGAAGCUCCUUCCUCUCCGCCGACGCCCAAAUCCAAGUCCCAGAGCGCGGAGGCAGCCGACGACAUGCUGGAUCUGGAGGUGCAGUUCGGUAACGGGAAGUGGACCGUCGGGAAAGUUCAGUUCACCAGGAAAGAAAACAUUCCUCUGGCUAUCAUCAUCCCAGCCGUGAUCGUCCCCAUGCUGGUUUUCAUCGUCAUUUCCAUCUACUGCUACAGGAGGAAGAGUCAGCAGGCAGAACGGGAAUACGAGAAGGUGAAACAUCAGCUGGAGAAUCUGGAGGAAAGUGUUCGAGAUCGCUGCAAGAAAGAGUUCACAGAUCUGAUGAUUGAAAUGGAGGACCACACCAGUGACCUCAGCGAAGGUCGAAUCCCUUUCCUGGACUACAAAACGUACACGGACCGAAACUUCUUCCUGCCGUCCAAAGAAGGCGAUAAUGACCCCAUGAUCACUGGAAAAAUACAAAUCCCAGAAUCCCGCAGGGCGACUGUGACUCAGGCACUCAACCAGUUCUCCAACCUGCUGAACAGCAAACCUUUUCUCAUCAACUUUAUUCGCACAUUGGAGAGCCGUCCUGACUUUAACGCCCGGUCUCGGGGAAACUUUGCCUCCCUCCUGACGGUGGCGCUGCACGGGAAACUGGAGUAUUACACGGACAUUAUGAGGACGCUGCUGCUGGAGCUGAUGGAUGAACACGUCCAGAAUAAAAACCCCAAACUGAUGCUCAGGAGGUCAGAGACGGUGGUGGAGAGGAUGCUCUGCAACUGGAUGUCCAUCUGCCUGUAUCAGUUCCUCAGGGAUACGGCCGGGGAGCCGCUGUACAAACUGUACAAAGCCUUGAAGCACCAGGUGGAGAAAGGUCCGGUGGACGCCAGGCUGAAGAAAGCCAAAUACACGCUGAACGACACGGGGCUGCUGGGAGACGACGUCGAGUACGCCGCACUGACUCUGCAGGUGCUGGUUCACGGCGAGGGACCAGACGUGACGCCUGUCAAGGUGCUGAACUGCGACACCAUCACCCAGGUGAAGGAGAAGAUCAUUGAUCAGGUGUACAGGAACCUGCCGUUUUCACAGAGACCAAAAGCAGAAGGCGUCGCGUUGGAGUGGCGCCCCGGCUCUACGGGUCAGAUCCUGUCCGACAUGGACCUGACGUCGCAGACAGAGGGGCGCUGGAAGCGGCUCAACACGCUGGCCCAUUACAACGUUCGGGACAACGCCACGUUGGUUCUGUCCAGAGUUUUGCACACGCAGUCGUUCCACCAGCACCAGGACAGCCACGACGAGAAAAACGCGCUGCUGGAGGACGACAACACGUUCCACCUGGUGCGGCCGACGGACGAGAUCGACGAGGUGAAGUCGAAGCGAGGCAGCAUGAAGGACAAGGCCAUGACCAAAGCCAUCACAGAGAUCUACCUGACCCGGCUGCUCUCCGUCAAGGGAACCUUGCAGCAGUUUGUGGAUAAUUUCUUCCGCAGCGUCCUUUGCACCAGCUCCGCCGUCCCUCCGGCCGUCAAAUACUUCUUUGACUUCUUGGACGAACAGGCGGAGAGACACGACAACGUGGACGAGGAGACGCUGCACAUCUGGAAGACCAACAGCCUGCCGAUGCGGUUCUGGGUGAACAUCCUGAGGAAUCCGCAGUUCAUCCUGGACGUUCACGUGACGGAGGUGGUGGACGCGUCGCUGCACGUCAUCGGCCAGACCUUCAUGGACGCCUGCACCAAGACGGAGCACAAGCUCAGCAGAGAGUCACCUAGCAACAAGCUGCUCUACGCAAAGGAGAUUUCCACAUAUAAGAAGAUGGUUGAUGAUUACUACAGAGGCAUCAGGCAGAUGGUUCCAGUCAGCGACCAGGAUAUGAACACACACCUGGCCGAGGUGUCCCGGCAACACACAGACAAGCUGAACACCCAGGUGGCCUUGCAUCAGCUGUACCAGUACGCCAGCAAGUACUUCGACCUGAUCAUCCAGUCUCUGGACGACGACCCGGCCGCCCAGAACAGGCAGCUGACGCUCCGCCUGCAGCAGGUCGCCGCCGCCCUGGAGAACAAGGUCACUGACCUCUGACCUUUCGAUUCUUUUUCGAUUGUGAGCGUUUGGACUCAUCUGAAUGUCUGGAGAGGAUCUAGCAGAGCCAGAAGAGACGAAUUCCCACUCAGCGCCCAAAAGCAAACAAAGAGAAAAGAAGGAAAUGUUUUGUUUUUUGGGACGUUUUGACCUUCAGCUCCUCCUCUGUUUGGACUGGACGGUACGGAGGCCCGGCGGGUCCAGAUGUUCAAAACAUCGGCGACUCUUUAGUUUUAUGUUUAUGUUUCUGUUUGUAUCCUGAGUUUCUGCUUCUGGGCCGCCAGAAACCAACGGCUGAGUUUCUUUCACGUUCAGGAAGUUAGUCGAAACAAAUCUCUUAAAGACCAAAGUCCAGGAAAUCUGAAAAGUGAAAUGAGUUACUUAUUAUAUCGUUUAAAAAUCAUGCGCCAUAAACAAAUUUAGCUGGUUUAGAAAUAAACUAGAUUCACAUUUGUGAAGAAAAUGUUUAAAAAACUGAAACAUUUGAGUUGUAGUAGCGCUUUUCCACCACUGGGGGUGCUGUUCAUAACUUAUAGUUCCCCUCUGAAUUAUUGCACAACCAACUGAAAGGUACUGAUUAGUUUUUUUUAAAUCUGAUGAAUCUUGACUUUACUAAUCAUUGUCUUCAAUUUAUUUAUUAAUUCAUCCGUUUAUAGUUAAUUUUUAUAUUCCGCAUAAAAUAAUUUCUGUAUUUUUUGCUAAAAAUUUAAAAUACUGACAGCCAGAUUGUGGAAAGCUGAUUGAUUUCAGUAAUUUUCAGUAAAUUAUGAAACACUCAGCCUGCUCUGAUUGGACAGCAGGUCUGAUUAGGCUCCGCCCACCAGACCCGAAUAUCAUCAUGAAACCUGCUUUCAUUUUGCCUCUAAUUGAGAAAAUAUGAAUGAAAAUACACAAAAUGUUAAGAAUCAAACUUGUUAAUCAUUUCAUAAACUCCGAAUGAUUUUUAUAUUAAACAUCGCAUCAAAUCUGUAAACCAUCGCAGCUUUUCUCAAACUGAAGCCACUUUGGUGCCAAAUGUUCUGAAUCCAGGGAACGUUUGAGUCUCAAAGGAUUUUCGGUACUUUUACGAUUAAAAAUGUGAAACUUUAGCGGCCGUGUCGUUGAUGAAACGUCACGUCUAAAACAUUUUGCAGCCUUCAUGGAUGAACAACAUGUCCGCCUCUGUCGACGCUUGCUUUUGUCUGCCUUCUCUUUGCCACCAGCGAGUGCCUUAAAGAGCUGAAGUGGAUCUGAACCAACCCGCCAGAACCGGAUCACAGAACUGAACGUUUCAGAAACACUUGGCACUAACUGAGCAGGCGACAGAAAUUGUGAAACUGUCCCUUUAAAUUCUCGUCCUGACCCGAUUCUGAUCAACUCCAGUUUGUUUCAGGCAGAAACAGAAACUCAAAUGUGAACUUUGCUGCCAAAUGUUCUGAUCGUCGUCGAGGAUCUUUGGGUUUCUGUGUUAGAAUAUGUGGAAGAACUUUAAGGCUCAUAAGUCCGAAUGUUUCUUCGGAUCCAGUGACGGACUUUAAAGCCAGCGUUGCUGUUGGUUCCGGUUGUGAAGCGACGGCAGGAAUGGUUUGGAUGGACCAAGCUUUAGACUUUGAAAUGGACUUGGAUGUUACCAGAACGGUUCUGAAAUAGACUGAAGCCCAAAUCUGUUACUCUUCUAUUGAAGUGGGAAAAAUCCAGAUCUAGGAAGUCCAAAUAUCCAAUAAAGUUUGUUUAUACAAAUGA